GUGCAGAUGGUCCCAGUUCUCAUCAACUCAGCCUCCGUCGUAGUGUUUGUGCUGGCCUGCAUGUGUGCAGUGUCGCUGCAAGGUCAGAAGCCGGGUCAGGUGGAUCCCCUGACGGUCCACCGGGCGGACCCGCAGUGCUGGGACUCGUCCUCGGCUCUGCUGCUGGAGAUGCGCUCUCCGAGGAUCGCUGACACUGUGCCCGCGUUCUGGGAUCUGAUGGAGUCUCUCAAGUCAUCUGUCAACGGAAAGCACACGGCGCUGUUCUGGGACCUGGCCCGGGUCUUCUGGGACAUCUAUCUGGACUGCGUCUUGUCCAGGAGUCACGGCUUGGGGCGGAGACACGUUACCUCAGUGCAGUCCCUUAUUACUGACAAGUUCUUCAGAUUCAACAGCUCUGGCAUGAACUCCCGGGCAUGGCUGAGCGUCAGAGUGAGACGCAGAGGACGCAUCACAACCCUGAAGACUGAACCAAAAUAA